CCCCUCUCUACGACAGGCUGCAAUGACAGUAGAACGGUAGCAGCUAGCAAGUUGAGAGAUCGCGUUGGCUAUGAGAUGACAGGUCUGCAUUUAUUAUGAUUAUUUCUACUAAUUUCAGCUUCUCUUUAAAGUGAGCCCCACCGGGGAAACGCUGACCGGGCUUUGGCGGUUUCUUUCACCCUCAAACUAAGCCCACUACUCCCGGACCCUAAAGGAAGAGCUAAGCCAGUUAGCUUCCGUUAGCCCAGCAGGUUGCUAUGUCGCAGGCAAGCGGUUGCGGGGACUCGUCGGAGCUAGCCGCGUUAUCUUGAGAACUUUUCUUCGUGAAGCACGUCUAAAGAUGGCUGUGUCGGUGCGGGGUUUGUACUUUGUGCUGACGCUGUUUCUGGCCAGUUUCUUCGGGAGCGUCUUCAUGCUGAGUCCGUUCUUGCCCCUGAUGCUGCUGUCCCCCGCCUGGUACCGCUGGAUCACCGAUCGCAUCGUCGCUACCUGGCUUACCCUGCCCGUGUCCCUGCUGGAGCUGGUGUUCGGGGUAAAGGUCGUGAUCACCGGUGACGCCUUCGUCCCCGGGGAGCGCAGCGUCAUCAUCAUGAACCACCGCACACGUCUGGACUGGAUGUUCCUGUGGUGCUGCCUGCUGCGCUACAGCUACCUGCGCCUGGAAAAGAUAUGUCUCAAGGCCGCGCUCAAGGCCGUCCCCGGUUUCGGCUGGGCCAUGCAAGUGGCCUGCUUCGUCUUCAUCCACCGGCGGUGGGAGAAGGACAAAGAACACUUGGGGAACAUGCUGGAUUACUUCUGCGACAUCAGGGAACCGCUGCAGCUGCUGCUCUUCCCUGAGGGCACCGACCUCACUGAGAACACGAGAGUGCGCAGCGACGAGUUCGCCGUGCAGCACCACCUGCCGAGAUACCAACACGUGCUGCACCCGCGCACAACCGGCUUCACUUUCAUCGUGGAGCGACUGCGCAAAGGGGACAACCUGGACGCGGUGCACGACAUUACCGUGGCUUACCCCAAGAACAUUCCCCAAACCGAGCGCCACCUCAUGCUGGGCCACUUCCCCCGCGAGAUCCACUUCCACGUGCGGCGCUACCCGGUCGCCACGCUGCCCGCCCCCUCGGCCGAGUUGGAGUCGUGGUGCCGCGAGCGCUGGGCCGAGAAGGAGUCGCGCCUGCGGGACUUCUACUCGGGCCGGCCGCGGGCUUUCGACCGGGAGGGCGCGGCGCGGGUGCCGCCGUGCAAGUCGGAACUGCGCGUGGCCCUGAUCAAAGCGGCGUCGCUGCUGUACUGGACCGGCUUCAUCGCGUCGUGCUUCGCCGGGCUGUGGCUGUGGGCUCCCGUCAGGUUGUACUUGGUGGUCGUGGUGGGGGUGUACGUGGCGCAGCAAAAGAUGGCAGGCGGGCUGGAGCUGCUGGAGCUGGCCUGUCAUCGAUACUGGACCUCAGCGGCGGCCAACGGGGGCGGCAAGAUCCUGGAUGGGAAAACUCAUUGAGGAGACACUAAAAGAAUCUUCCCUUCGCCACGCGGCAGCUCGCUCGACCGCACCAGGGAGGUUCAAGACGGCCCGGCCCGUGUUGUCAUCACCCCUCAAUUUCAGCUCUCCUUUUAUUACCUCCGACUUCCUUUUUGUUUUCGCAGGACGGCGCAGCAACCCCGCCACCCCCCUUCCCAAUCUUACGUUAGCCGAGUCGCUCGCCGACCUUGGCGGAGGUCCGCGCCCGCGCUUGGAUCUCGUUGUCGCUAACCUCGCACCAUCGCUCGGUUUACUGUGAAGAAGCGCGCGUCAGGCGGCACGUUUUUAAAAAAAAAAAAAAAAAAAAAAAAAGAUAGUCUCCACUUUUAUUUUUGUUUUUCUCGGUCUGACAUGUUCCACGGUGUCUUACACGACGGAGCGAAGCCAUACAACCUGCACAUUCUCGACAUGGACGCAUCUAAAUGUAUUUUUAAAUACCUCCUACUUUGGUAGAAUUUUGCUUUUAUACAAACCAUAGGAAUGUUUUUUUUUUUCACCCCCCUCCAGGGACGGUGGGGUGGGGGGGGGAGGGGGAAUCAGCUUGUUUGUACAAUCACAAAAGCCAAAGGUGAGCCAGAAAGUAAAUACAGAUGAGAAGGGUUUUUUUUUUUUUUUUUUUUUGAAGGAUUAAAGUAAAUGCCCUAGUUGGGAAUGUUUUUGGAGGGGUGUGCGGAGAGGAUGUUGGGACAACAUGACCCUCCUUCCACAGCGGUGGCACAGGAGGACCACCAGACUUGGAGUGGAA